AUGACAAACAAUGUACGCAAUGUUACAGGCAAAUCUCGGAAGAUUACUAUCAAGGCUCUGAAGCUCACAGACAAGGGUCGUAAGAUGACACGCAAGGUUCUCAAGAUAACACGCAAGGUUCUCAAGAUAACAUGCAAGCCAGCAUAUAUAACAUUUCUUCUGUUUUCCACGGACGGAGUUAAUGGCUCGACGGACGGAGUUAAAGGCUCCACGGAUGGAGUUAAAGGCUCCACGGACGGAGUUAAUGGCUCGACGGACGGAGUUAAAGGCUCCACGGACGGAGUUAAAGGCUCCACGGACAGAAUUAAAGGCUCCACGGACGGAGUUAAAGGCUCCACGGACGGAGCUAAAGGCUCCACGGACGGAGCUAAAGGCUCCACGGACGGAGCUAAAGGCUCCACGGACGGAGUUAAAGGCUCCACGGACAGAAUUAAAGGCUCCACGGACGGAGCUAAAGGCUCCACGGACGGAGCUAAAGGCUCCACGGACGGAGCUAAAGGCUCCACGGACGGAGCUAAAGGCUCCACGGACGGAGUUAAAGGCUCCACGGACAGAAUUAAAGGCUCCACGGACGGAGCUAAAGGCUCCACGGACGGAGCUAAAGGCUCCACGGACGGAGCUAAAAUCUCCACGGACGGAGCUAAAGGCUCCACGGACGGAGCUAAAGGCUCCACGGACGGAGCUAAAGGCUCCACGGACGGAGCUAAAGGCUCCACGGACGGAGCUAAAGGCUCCACCGACGGAGCUAAAGACUCCAUGGACGGAGCUAAAGGCUCCACGGACGGAGCUAAAGGCUCCACGGACGGAGCUAAAGGCUCCACGGACGGAGCUAAAGGCUCCACGGACGGAGCUAAAGGCUCCACGGACGGAGCUAAAGGCUCCACGGACGGAGCUAAAGGCUCCACGGACGGAGCUAAAGGCUCCACGGACGGAGCUAAAGGCUCCACGGACGGAGCUAAAGGCUCCACGGACGGAGCUAAAGGCUGCACGGACGGAGCUAAAGGCUCCACGGACGGAGCUAAAGGCUCCACGGACGGAGCUAAAGGCUCCACGGACGGAGCUAAAGACUCCACGGACGGAGUUAGAGUUGUGUUAGACUACACAAAGUGGGCUAUUGAGCACUCAACCCCAGACGGCGAUUGA